AUGGCGUCAGUAUUGCAGCAUGUGUCCCAACCUUUACCUGUGGUGCACGCCUUGGCACCUGCACCUAUGGUGCCGGUACUAGUGGCGCCAUCACUGGCACCUACGGCUACGGGAGCUGUGGUUCCUGCUGUUUUCGUAUUUGGGGACUCGACCGCAGAUGUCGGGACCAACAAUUACUUGCCGGAGAGUAGAGCAAAGGCAUAUAUGCUUUAUAAUGGGAUCGAUUAUCAUGGUUCUGCUCCAACAGGAAGGUUUAGUAAUGGUUAUAACACAGCUGAUUAUAUCGUCAAGUCUAUGGGUUACCCUGAGAGCCCGCCAGCUUUUCUCCACAUUCUUUACCAGCACAGGAAGUAUUUAAGGAGCGUCCAAAACUUCAGGGGCGUUAACUUUGCCUCUGGAGGAGCUGGACUUCUCGAUGAUACCGGAAAGAAUUUAUAUGUCCAACAGUUCGCAACCGUUCACAGCAAUCUGUCGGAAGCGUUGGGUGGAUCUCCGGAGAACAUUAUUGGCAAGUCUUUCUUUCUCAUCAGUGUGGGAAGCAAUGAUAUCUUUGAAUAUUUUGCUGAUCUCAACACUAAUCAAACCCUGCAAGUGUUUAUCGCCACUUUAAUGGAUAAUUACCGAACUCAUUUAAAGAGUCUUCUAGAUCUUGGGGCGAAAAAAAUUGGGAUAAUUAGUGUGCCAGCAAUUGGGUGCUGCCCAUACCAACGUACUUUCAAUGAGAGUGGUGGGUGCAUGGAGGCAUUGAAUGAGCAUGCUCAAGUGUUCUAUGAGGAACUGCGGGUCCUCAUGGAGAAUCUAACCACACAGCACCCUGCGAUGUUCUACUCACUUGGAAACGCAUAUAACAUGACAACUACUCUACUUCACUUUGCUGAUCAUGAUCCUCAAUCUCCAGAAUUGAAGGUGAUAGCAGAAGCUUGUUGUGGAAAUGGAACGAUGAAUGCAGAAUAUCCAUGCAGACCAAAUUCCAAGUUGUGUAGAGAUCGACAGAUUUACUUUUUCUGGGACCAGUACCAUCCCACUCAAACUGCUUCUCGGAUCUUAGCCUCUAUACUUUACGAUAUAACUUCAAAGGAUUACGUUGUACCAAUGAAUUUCCGUCAACUUGCAGAUCUCAGUUUAUGA